GACGAAAGUUUAUCUAUCGAUUUGACAUGUCUGCUGUAUCUGAAUUGCAUUAGCGACAACAAACACACACGUGCGCGAGCGAGUGACAGAGCGGGAGUGUGAAGCCUGCCCUUGAGCGUUAGUGUGUUACAUGUAAACCAGUGAUGUUCCGCUCGGUGUUGUUGUUGUUAAAGUCCGCGCGAACCGGGAGUGUUGUUCCUGUGAGGAAACCUCAGACCUAUUACUGUCACCUCGCUGUGAGAAAGUUCUCGAAUGUUCCAGACUCUACAGGAGGGGGGGAUGAGCUCCAGUUCGGGGACUGUUCCAGAACAUUCUCCUCCAGGAUGAGUUUCCGGAAGUCUUCUCCGGAGCAGCGCGACGCCAAAUACUCAGAACCGGAAGUGGAGCAGGACGAACCGGACAACUUCCGGUCCAGACCCAAGCGCCGGAGGCGGAACACACCGUACUGGUACUUACUGCAGUGCAGGAAACUGCUGAAGAGAGAGAAGUUAUCGGAGGCGUUGUCUCUGUUUGAGGACGAGAUGCUGAAAGAGGAGCGUCUGCAGCCGGAGGAGUAUAACUAUACUGUACUGAUCGGAGGAUGUGGACGAGCCGGAUACAUUAAGAAAGCCUUUAAACUCUACAACGAUAUGAAGAAGCGCGGUUUGGAGCCGUCGGCCGCGGCGUACACGGCCCUGUUCAACGCCUGCGCGCAGUCGCCAUGGAAACAGUCGGGCCUGGAGCAGGCGCUGAAGCUGCGUCAGGAGCUGCGCAGGAAGAACAUCCCUCUUAACGCCAUUACCCAUCAUGCACUGCUAAAAACCCUGGCGCGGGCCGGAGACCUGAGGGCGUGUCUGCAAGUGCUGCGGGAGAUGCUACAAAGUGGACAGGCCGUCACACAAGAGACGUUUCAUUACUUGCUGAUGUGCUGCGUGGAGGACAAGGAGCAGGGCUUCAGACUGGCACUGCAGGUUUGGCACCAGAUGCUAAGCGCCGGUAUUAAACCAGACGUCCAGAACUACAACAUCCUUCUGCGUGCUGCAAGGGAUUGUGGGAUCGGCGAUCCCGCCUUAGCGUCCCGAUUACUUCUGAGGGGGCGGGACGAGUCUGCCCCGAUGCUCCCGGCUCGGACGAGGGGUCGGAGGUCGAGGCCGAGCGAGGAGGAGAAGGAGGAGGCGUGUCUCCCGCGGUUGUUAGACGUAGACGUGUUCGAGAGCCGCGUGCUGCCUGACACACAUCUGACCCUCGACUCCGACUCGACUCUGACACAACCCGACGCUUCCUCGCCAUCCUGUCUGUCUUCCACGUUAAAAUCACCGCCGGUCCCAAACCUGCUGGACCCGAGCACCUGUCAGUCAGACGUGGUCGCCUUGGCGACGGUGAGCACGGCGUCCGACAGGCUGGCGCUGAUCGGAGACCUGGACGGCUUCCUGAGCAAAAUGUACAGCGACGGAUUGAAGCCCAGCGUCAAGACCCUCACGCUGUUGGCGGAUGUGACGGAGCCCGGCGUCCAAUCGGCGCACAGCCUGAUCGGUGCGGCAGAAGAGGGCGGAGUCAAGCUGGACGUGGGUUUCUUUAAUACGCUGAUCAGGAGAGCGGCUAAAGCCGGAGACGUGGAUGGAGUCAAGGCGGUGAGAGCGUUGAUGCUGGACAGUAAGUUGCGUGUAAACGCUCAGACAUUCUGCUGCCUGGCUCUGGCCUGUCGCUCACACGAGGACGCGCUGCAGCUCCUCACCGACAUGGAGACGUGCGGCGUGGCGGUGAACGCUCACGUGUUCAGCGCUCUGAUUGGUCAGGCUGCGCGGCGUCUGGACUACGUCUGGCUGCACGAGCUGCUGCAACAGAUGCACCAGAUGCAGGUUUCACCCAAUGACAUCAUCAUCAAACAGCUGGAGUUCGCCGCUCAGUACCCGCCCAAUUACGACAAGUACAAGUCGAAGAACACAUACUUGGACAAGAUCGACGGUUUCCGUGGUUUCUAUAAACAGUGGCUGGAGUUCAUGCCCGCGCAGGAGACGCCACACCCGUGGGAGAAAUAUCUCCAGCCCAAGACGGAGUCGAGGAGCGAGUCGUUAGAGAGCAGAGAUAAACCGAGUCAGAUCAGCUGAUUCACUAAAUGUAGAGAAAUAAUAAACGUUUAUUUUCUUGUCUUCACAACAUGUGACUUUA